AUGUCACAACCCUAUUCCCGACCCUUAACGCCAACGGCGGUCAUCAUUCGAAAAACUCAACCCAUCUACCUCCCCCUGGCCCUCCUCUUCCUGGUAUUCACCGUUACAUCUGGACCGGAUUCCAAGUUUUGGUGGGUCAAGCUCGAGACGAAACAGUUUGGAGUGAUCAAUGUUGGAGCGCUGGGGAUAUGUGACCUGAAAGCAUGUGGAGCGACGGGAAUAGGCUACGCUGUCGUCAUCGUCCUCUCGCUGGUUUUAUGGUCGAUCCACCUGUUCUUCAUCUUCAACAUCCACGUUAUUGUCGGCCAAUAUCGACGGACAGGGUGGUUGGUCUGGAUCUUUCCUCUUAUUAUCACCAUCUUGAUCGGAUGCUUGCUCGCCGGGGAUAAUCUCAUCGUAUCCGACUUGCGGAAAGAACCCGGGAUCGUCGAGGUCACCCGGAUGCCCAGCUUUUGGCUUAACAUCCCUGCAUUCAUCUCAUCCUUCAUCUGGUUCUUCUUGUCGUGGGAUCUCCACCGCCUGGCAAAAAUCUCCACAGACCCAAAUCUUGCUGCAAAGAAAGCUGCAAUCGAGAAUGCGCUCAACAGUCGUCGACAAGGUUCAGAGAGGCCGGCUGAGAGCGGAGGUUGGGGAAUGUUCAAACCGGCGCAAACAGCGUCAGACGAAACAAAAGGGGCAAGUCUGGGCGGAUGGGGUUUGCCUAGUAUGCCUUGGGGCGCGCAAGAGGCGAAACCGGCGUCUUCGACGUAUCAGGACAGCGCGCCGGCGGCGUCUUUGCUCGGAUCAAUGUGGCCAGGCAGAGCAUCGCAUGCAGUCGUGUAG